AUGAGCUCGUCGACAACGCAGGCGUGCUUCCCAUCGAGUUCGUCACGCCAACGGCCGCGGCCACCACGUUGCCGACGCGAGGAUGAAGCCUACCAUCCUCCCAUCGGCUUUCUGCCACCGAGCGACAAGAAUACGCUGGCAGUGCCAUUUGCGCUCGCCUACCUCAUGUGGUGCGCAACGUGCAAGUCCGACUGCCCUUCACGCCAGGCUCACUCUAGCGGACGCCCACACCACCACGGCCCCGUUUGUGCCCUCGGUCCUGCAGCCGAACACGGCGAGAUCUUGACGAGCAUGAGUGCCGAGCUGCGCUGUAUCGGGACGUCGUUCAAGGCGUGCAUGCACCAGAUGCGCUACUUUGUCGUGUGGGAUACCGAGCACCGGUGUGUGCGCAUCGACUCGCUCUGGAACUCGUCCAUCGACGCCCAGCUGCGCGCCUACGGGUUCGACGAAGAUGCUCUCGGUCAGGUCCAGCCCGGUAUGCUACCCAAGUGCGCGGACAAACAGGCGGCCAUGGCAACCCCAGCCAAGAACAAGCAGGGCACAGCGGGCAAGACAGAGACGGCGAGGAGUCGAGACAAGAUGCGAGAGCAGCUCCAGUCCGAGACUCUGCUAGCUGACUGCGCUCGAUUUGCUAGUACGGCCGAGGCGGAUGCGGCGGAGCGAACGCACAUGUCGAACAAGCAACCGCUCGCCCAAGUCCUGCGUGCACUCAACCGCGCAGUGCUGGCAUUCGGCACACGUCACAGCGACAACUUGAUCUACACCGAGCUCGCCGCGCUCGUCGCACUGCUCAACUACGCCGCGGCCUUCUACCACAUCUCGGCCGACGUGGUGGAGCAGCAUCUGCAGGACAACUACAGCCAAUCUCUCGUCGAGCACUACUUUUUCGCCGUCUGCUCACCGCGAUGGACCUCGAUCGAGGCCGAGGAACACGCUGCUGCUCGCGAUAGGCGCACGCAGCCCACCCGCGCACGCAGACUGCGAGAGCUCCAGCAAGUCGCCACGAGUUUUGUCCCCGACACGAUGGAGCUGCGCGACGGCGCGCAGCUCGUACUACAUACAUUUGUCUGGAUCAACUAUACCUCUUUUCGCAGCGCAGACGAGGCGAUGGCGGCAAUGCUGCAUUCGCUCAUCCCGCUGCUGCAGACGGUAGUCAUGCGGUGUGCCAAACAGGCCUAUGUGUUGCAGCGUCUGCUGUGCACUGCCCCCACCACGCAACAUGUCGAAUCCACCUCGCCCCCAAGCCCGACUGAGGUCCAGUGGGAUCUGGUCAACCUCAGCUCGGUCCUGCAGAACCUGAGUGGCUCCGAAGUGCCGCUGUAUACGUCGUUCUACCGCGGAAUUGCGCAGGAGGGCAAACGCAAGCCCAAGCGACGACCGCAUGUCGAGAAUACCGUGCGUGCUCCCGCCAUGGCGCAUCUGUACAGCAUGUACGCGAUCGACGUCACGCUCGACACGCUGUGUGCGCUCGGCAGGGCACUGGCCAAACAGACCCGCGAGCACUCGCCGCUCGCAAAGGCAAAGAGCGCCAUCUGCACCAAGAGCCAGCACAACUGCCAUGCAGGCUGCACCCACCCAGACGCCGCCAUGCUAGACGAUAUCGCCAUCCUCUCCGCAAAGCUCAGGCGCCUUGAACGCACCCAGCCCAACUGGAUCCCCAUGCUGAGCCCCAAAAAGACGCGCAAGAAGAAGAGCGCGGCGGGAGCCGAGAGCAAGGAGGCCUUCGCAAGCAUCAAGACCGCGCUACUCGAUACGCUGGCGUACGGAAACAACGGCGGUGGAACGAGCGGCGACCCCAAGCCGGGGCUCAAGACGGUGCCCAAGGCGGUUCCCGAGCCGAUGUCGAAGCCGGUGUCCAAGGCGCGGGUGGCGCAGCCGGUGGUGUCCAAGCCGGCAGUGUCCACGCCGGUAGCGCCCGCUUCAGUCAAGGGCGGCAGUGGCAAGGCCACGGACACGAAGGCUGCGGUGGCCCCCGCUCCCGCCAAGGGCGACAUUCGUAGCGAUGUCAACCCAAAAGCCGCAGCAGCCCCUGCACCUGGUCAGGGCGACAGCAGCAAGACGGCAAAGAAGGUGUUUGGACCCGAACCACCUCCGAGCAUGCCGCUCCCGAUGAGCCGGAACGUCGCAGAGCUGAUCAAAGCCAUGGCGGACCACGCGCUCGCGCAGCCGGACUACGUCGCACCUCCCCUGAGCGGGAUCGUCGACCUGCCGGCGAACCUGGCGACGCUGGGGGCGCUGAUGACGAGUCCCUCGUGGCAGCCUCCCGAAUGGAUGAACGAGUUCUGCGACCAGCUCAGCAGGAACGAAGCUGCCAGUCGCGGCAUCCUCGAGCUCGCCGGCUUGCGACCACAGUAA